AUGACCUUCCAUCAUUGUCUCACGCUUCGUGGCUACAUUCGCACAUACUCUCUUCUGCUGGUACCAUUUCUUGGCACGAUCUUGGUAUUCAUCCGAUACCACGAGAUCGCCAAUGAAGUAAACCUGAUUCUAAUCCGCCUUCUGAUUUGUUUGGCAAGUGUUUUCUUGGUAGCGGUGUUCAUAGUCAACUGGGACUCGACGCCACGCUACAAUUUCAUGGGGGAAGAUAGUGUUGGAAAGUCUAUGGUUCAAAUCCUAGAUAUCAAUGGUUUCAGAAUACAAUCAACAUGGCGAUUGUAUACAAUUCCAGGAUUCAGGUGAGUCCGUUCCGAUUUCAGUUAUUAAAUUUAAUACUUAUUAGUAUAUUCUAGGUCAUACAAAGUCUACAUCCAAUAUACGAUCGGACAGACAUAUGGAGAACCUAAGGAGAAGAGGAUGUCAUGUUUGUAUGAACUAUUGAUUCCUUCGUACUUAAUGUUCACCUGAUUUCGAAUUGCAAAUAUAAUACGUUCGUUUGUGUUCACCUAGUUCUUCUCGAAUUAAGUUGCACUGUUUCUGGGAUUCCUAGUUCGUGUAAUAAUUCAAAUACUUCCAAUCAUCACAGCGUGUUGCUUCAAUGUUCAGUUGGGCUGAUCUAUUCAGGAGUUCUUUGAAGUGGUCUACCCACUUAUUCUGCCGUUUGUAAAUCUCAUUGAUUGGUCUGUCUUCUUUGUCCUUGACUGGUCUCUCUUGUUUACUAUAUUUCUCUGCUAGUUUCUCCGUUGUAUCAUAUUCCCUUCUCUUGCAGC